AUGGGAGGAGGUUCAUCCGUUGAAGACAAGCGCUACUCCCGGCUGUUCCAGGAGGGUCUCAAGGCGCUUCAUGAGGGACGCUUUACAUAUGCUGAGAUUUACUUUGAUCAGGCCAUUGAGAAACAUGAGGGUUAUCCAUUCUGGCAGCGCCUUGACGAAAUGGUAGAAUGGGAACGAAAGGGAAACACCGGUAAGCGAAAGGGAGAGGAGCAAAAUGAAAAAGAUCAGUGGGCGAAAGAAACAAAGCCUGAGACAGGUGGCGGUGAGGGAGCAGGAGAAGAUGGCGCUGAAAUGGAUGAUUUGGGAGGUGAAUCCGAUGACACUGGUGUUCUUGUGAUUCCUCUCGAUCAACGGGUAUUUCACGUGUUGGAGUACCUUCAGUUGCGCACCGACAUUUCCGUCGCUUAUUUGCUAGCUGAACGCUACGAAGAGGCACACGAGCACCUCCAAUACGUCACGUCGCACACUCAUGUGCUUUUGAAGUGUUUGCGCAUUGCCCGGCAGAGUAAUAUGUCAGAGGAAUCAGGCGGAGAAGGCGGUGACACGAAUCCCCUUGAGCAUGUUGGUGUAGUGGAGCGGCGGUUCCGUGCAGGUUUGAUGGGCAUGGAAGUGGAAGUGGAAGGUAUCCUCGACGCCUUUGAACAAUAUCUUCGCCUGCACUGGUUCUCUGGAAUUGCAAACACUGUUUACAUCGCCUUUGAGCGGUUCAAGGGAGGGCAGGGUGAUAAGAAGCGCAAGCGUGAGCUUGACGCCGUAGUUGUGACAUGUGAAACGGCCAAGUUAGAACUUCACAAACUGGUGUCCCGCCGUGCUAAGAGCUUAACGAACAGUGUGUUGAUUGAGUUCCUUGAGAAGCUCAUUAAUGAUAUGGACAGCAGCGCCUCGGACUCCGAGGAUGAUGGAAAUGCAAACGGCGGCCGCAGUGGUGGUCCCGCCGCCAAGGGCAGAAGAAAGUCGGACAACCGCGAGGAUGGCGACAAGGAAGAACUUGAGAACUUCCCAUUCAGUGCACGACUUCAGAUGCUUUACGAGCGUCGUCUGUUGUAUCGGGGCAUGCCCGCCCCCAUGCAAGGUGCUGCCUUGCGUUACCUGCCUUGGAUGGAUGAAGAUAUCCGUCGUGUUGUUCCCGGUACAAACUACAACCUGGAGAUUCAAUGUGGUAUGAUUGAUGAUAGGCGUAAGAAGCAACUCCAAAAGAAAUCUCUCAAGCACACAGUACAGAAGCGGUUUGACUUCAACGACAGGGUGCUAUUCAACAAGAGUAUGGAUGAAGAAAAUGCACUGCUGUUAUUUCCAUUACUUCUUGUUGAAGCUGAUGUGCAAUUAGAACUUGGUGCUGCCACGAAAGGCAUUAAAGCGCUAGAUAUGGUCGAGAAAUUGUCUACGCAAUUAUACGGCAGGCAGUCGCUUGAGCAACAGAGUCUCAUGCGCCGUGUGUUGGAGACCCGUAAACGCGGUGGUGCUCUUUUCAUGAUGUUUGAUGACCAAUUGAACUAA